AUGCCUGUAUUUAGUGGUAUACCGUUGGGUUUCCAGGAUGACUUUACGAAGUUGAAUUCCAAGAGUCAGGCUGAGGGCAAGUUACCUCCAUAUUUUGGUCCCAGCUACCGGAAACUGGAGUCCUCAGAGUCCACUCAGUCAGCGUCAACCGCUGAGUGGGGGUUCGACAGGCCAGGUUUCCAAGAACCAGAUACAGAAGCCGGAGUCUUAGCACCCACACUUAGAUCAGAGAUAGGUGCGGUCCUAAGACCGCUUGAUCUCAAUACAGGAUUACGAGGAUAUCGUGCACCUGAAACGAUGGACAGUGAUGACGAAGAUCUGAGAGAACCAACGGUGACAUAUUUUCGCAAGCGGACUUGUCGGUCCCAGCGAUCCCUCCCCCAUCACCAGCGCCGCUUCAAGACGGCUAACGCCCCUGACGCGUUGGUCGUGAGAGAUUAUCUAGAGGCCUUGAAAAACAAGGCGCUCAGUCUGAAACAAAAAACUUUCAUGGAUGAUCAAUUAACUGAAAGAGUAAGAUUGGCAACAAUAGGGAAAAUUGGCAUGAUUGAAUGCGAGGUCCAAAUGACAUGGAUGGAAACAGAGUCCUUUAUUACAGGGCUUGACCCCAGCAGAGUUGAAGGGCUUGGCCCAUAUGCACAACCAGCCAGAGAUCCGACACUUUCGGGAAACGCGAACGGCAAGACUGCUCUCGUAAGAUCGUUGACGGGAGAAGUACCCCCGUCAACGCCCAGGCCUAAAACUAAAGAAGAGCCAGACCUUCCGGAGAAAAGGGAAGAAUCCAUUUCGCCAGCCCAGUCCAACAGGAUGAAAGAACCGUUGAACGACGGUGAUUCAGGUUGUAUUGGUUUACCCGCUCCAGUCCCAGAUCCUAAGAAGUUGUUUAAGGAGAUGACAAAAAGCGAAUUGAUAAACUGGUAUUCACUAGCACAGAAAGCGAUUUAUACAGCUUCGUUCUCAAAUUCAAAGAAAUAUACGCAUUUUGACGAGAGUACGUUGCAAAACAAACUAACGCAGUUUGGAGCACAUACUCAAUGUGUGGCACCGGUGACUUUGGAAACUGCGGAUCAGAUUCGGACACUCUCCAAUCUGGGUAAAAGCACCACACACUUGAUUAUGAAAUCUGCGUACGAGAGAAAGAAAAUGUGUGAUGAGAUGUUUACCCUGUUUCAAAAAGCGUACCUAAUGGACGUGGAACGAGCAGCAGAGAAGGAUUCGAUAUUUGACCAGCAGGAUAAGUAUGAAGAGCUAAAGAAAGUGACACAACCCUACUGUGUACCGGACUUAGCCAAGUGCACUAUCAGCGAGUACCACCAAGCGUUUAUGAACAAAAUAGAACGCUUAGAGAUAGCUGACGCGUCGAACAAGAAAGAGGUGUGCAUGGCUUUGAUGGAUGGUUACAUCGAACCGAUAUAUUUGACAGUGAAGAAGGAUGCAAGGGUGGGUGAACGUAAACACUUGUACUCCAACAUCAUGUCUAUACAGCUUCAAGCAAGAAAAUUUGAAGACGAGCUGCAAUUGGACCACCAGAGAAGAUUGUAUGCCAAGUACUUUCUUGAGAAAACCAGCAUCAAUGUAGGAAGCGCAUCAUGCGAAUGGAAACCCGGUGUGAAGAAUUAUAAAGUGUCUCCACGGGAAAGUAAGGCCCCACCAGUGCCCAGAGCACCACGUCCUGGAGCAGGGGCAGCGUCGAAUACGAAUCAAUCAGACUCAAAUGGACCUAAGGAUCCUGAAUUCUGGCAAAGUGAAUCAGGUCAAGAAUAUGCAAACAAAGCUAGGGUCAAAGCGGCUGAACUUUUAGCGAAGUUUGAUUUGGUCAUAGAUGAUAACGAGAUUGUUAGAGCAAGUCUCGUCUGUUGGAAUUGUGGAAGCUUCCACAUGAAAACAGGAUUAAAACAAAAGAAAGAUGUUAAAGUUGAUCUGCGAAUUCCAUGCUCUUGGAUGAAACAGCAUGGUAACCUGCCAAAGAACGUGAUGACAGCAAGGACGCCGUUCUGCCUAAAGGCUGGAGAGAUAGAGAGAAGCCCAAAGGAGGAGCCAAUGCAAACGAAGCUUUGCAUGAUAUGUGCCGCAGCCAUCGCCUUGAUGAUGAAGCUGCGAAGUGAAUUUACCCAUGCAGACGAAGUUUUGCGUGUUAAACGGAAAUUUCAGGAACGACUCCAAAAAGAAGAUGAGAGCUACCGACUUCUUCAAGAAAUGCAAAAGGACUCGCAUGCAAAUGGCAUCCGAUACUCCUCUGUAUUGAAGAAGAGGAUGCGUCGGAAUUUCAGUCCGCCUAUUACGAGAGCAGCCAAGCGUGGCAGAGACGAGCCUAGUCGCCGUCAGAGAAAACGUGCGAGGUCGCACUCGAAUUUUUCAGGGGGGACCCGCGAUGGGUGGGACACUCCAGGAGAACCCGGGUGGAGCCGGAGCCAGCCAGCGCAAGGCUGGGGCGUGACCCUUAGUCGUGACGCUCCAUUACCUGCCAAGGUAGCUCCGUUACCUGCUGAAAUUGUUGUUGAAGACGUGAGUCAAUUAGAAACAGCACAAGGAUUGGCAGAGUCACAGGAGAGGCGCCCGAAAUUAGAGGAAGAGGAACCAGCAGAGACCUACUGCCAGAGAACACAACCAGUAACAAACAUGAAAGUGCCCGGAAAGCAAACUCUCAUGGGCCCAGCUCCGCGCUAUGAUGACAAUCCGGACACCAGGAUCCAGGUAGGUGACAUGGUAAGCUACGUAUGGCCGGAAGAAUCCAAAGAAACGCGCGGACCUUGGACUUGGGUGGUGACGCUGGUUACGAUGAACGGAGUAGAAAUCAGACCAGCUAGAGCACUCGAGAGAAGCUUACAGUCCGGAGGAGAGGACCUAAGACCCAAGCGAAAAGAUAUUGUGUUUUCCAAGUACUGCUCUCAUGGACCUCUAGCAAAGGACAUCAGAUUAUGCGUAGACCCGUGUCGUCAGCCAACUUGUGUGUGGUGCAAGCAACACGGAGUUUUCGAUUACAAAAACAGAACCACAUUUGAAAGGGACUCCCUACCGGAAGUCGCCAACACUUGGGUUUCUGACGACAUCCACAUGGCUAAGACCUUGGCCAGAGAGGAUGUCUCUACGUCAAUGAAAGUAAUCGAGAAAACAAUGAAGCAGCAAGGAAUGCUGCAGCCACCCACAAAGAGGAUGUUCACAUCUCUCACCUGGGUGCCAGCUAAAUUUUCCAGGAAUGACAGGGAUAUUGUAGCCGCUGGGCUAUGGGAUUCUUGUUGUAACCGAGCUUUUAUAGACGAGCACUUUUUUAAGACAUUGUGCGCGCGUAGGGUAAUGCCCGACCUCAAGCAACACAAGAGAGUGACAUGUUACUCCACAGCGACCUUGUCGCUGAGACCCGGAGAAGAGCGGGUGAUCAAAGUGAAAUUCAGUGCGAAAAUCCCUGAAGGCCAGUGGGUUGACGAUCAAUACGACUGUGCUAUCAAGGGUGAAUGGGCGGACAACCCCCACACUGAUGACCCGGAAAAUCACCGCAAUGGAAUGGUCUUAGUAGGAAGGAGUAGAACUGACAUCGGAGGAUUCAUGUGGGAAGGAGACGGUACGCGUCAUGGACAGACUUACGUCAAGAAUACGCACCAGAACUUACCUAUCAGGAUUGAACGCGGACAGGAACUAGGAGAAACCAAUGUCAUUAGCGGAGUGGUCACAGGUUCGGCAGACAGCCGCACCGGGGAAGUAUUUCAUUUGGACGACGACGCUACGAAACAAGUGGCAGAAAGAGCCUCUAGUGUCGAGCAUAAGUUCUCCAAGUUGAAAUGGCUCCCCCUGACCUUUAUCCAAGUAAUAGUAUUUUAUAGUGGAAUCGGUGGAUUCGAUAAGGGGUUGCAGAGAGCUUGGGAAAAGCAUGGGGCGGCGUUCAAAGUCGUCUUAGCCAUAGACAACUGCGAGCUCAGCAACGAGAUUCACCGAAACACUUUCCCAGGAGUGACUGUUGUAAAUCACAUACUGGGCAAAUCAUUCAAGGCCACAAUGGACUUGAUCAGCGAAUAUAUACCGCGAGAGCAGUGGAGCUCGAUGUACUGGCAUGCUAGCCCAUCGUGCAUUGAAGGUUCCACUGCCAACAUGCAGAAGAGGAACGUGAAGGAGUUUGUAAAGCUCACACUAUGGACCCUCAGUCUCAUGAAGCAGUGCAGACCAGGAAUGUGGACCCUGGAACAGAUCCCUGUAAUCGCUAGAUACGUGAUGUUGGAGACACCAUAUGCUGAAGUCUUGAACAUGCGUGAAUUCACAGCCCAGACGUCCGACAGGAAAAGACUCAUCGCCUCUAAAGCACAUACAAUGCAAACUGAGUAUGCUCAGGAGCCUUUGAAUAUGAGCGUGAUAGACUUGCCUGACAUCUGCAAGGAUGAGCUGGGUGUUGCCUUCAACAUGGGCUCCACCCAGCCGCCAGAGCGACUCGACGUCGCAGAGGCAAGACCAAAUAAAACUAGAAGAUUGUAUGCCAAGUACUUUCUUGAGAAAACCAGCAUCAAUGUAGGAAGCGCAUCAUGCGAAUGGAAACCCGGUGUGAAGAAUUAUAAAGUGUCUCCACGGGAAAGUAAGGCCCCACCAGUGCCCAGAGCACCACGUCCUGGAGCAGGGGCAGCGUCGAAUACGAAUCAAUCAGACUCAAAUGGACCUAAGGAUCCUGAAUUCUGGCAAAGUGAAUCAGGUCAAGAAUAUGCAAACAAAGCUAGGGUCAAAGCGGCUGAACUUUUAGCGAAGUUUGAUUUGGUCAUAGAUGAUAACGAGAUUGUUAGAGCAAGUCUCGUCUGUUGGAAUUGUGGAAGCUUCCACAUGAAAACAGGAUUAAAACAAAAGAAAGAUGUUAAAGUUGAUCUGCGAAUUCCAUGCUCUUGGAUGAAACAGCAUGGUAACCUGCCAAAGAACGUGAUGACAGCAAGGACGCCGUUCUGCCUAAAGGCUGGAGAGAUAGAGAGAAGCCCAAAGGAGGAGCCAAUGGUACUGGCAGUCCACCUGAAGAGCCACCAAAGGAUGAUCCAGAUGCAGGCGAAGUUCAGUCAAAACACAGCAGUUCAGUUGAUGGACUCCGUCACUGACGGAACCUUGUGGAGUGCUGACCAGCAUCCACAGAAAGAUACUGAGGCUGAGGGAGCAGCUGCGAACUCAACCGAAACAACCGCGGAGGCCGAAGUUUGGCCACCGUGGAAAAACGCCGACAGGGAUGAGCGAGGGCUACCGUUGCCUGACCAACCCAAAGACUUAGGCGUCGACGAUCAGUGGCGAGUAAAACCUGCUACGGAUCAAGAAUUAAUUGACACCAUGAAAAGGAUUGGUGUGACAGAUAACCCAGUGCUCGGGGACUCCAUGAAGCAGCACUUCAAAGAGAUGAUAGCGUACUGUUGGGGUAUGUUUGAUAAAACCCUUAGACCGGUAGACUCAGACCCGGUUGGGAUUCAGUUCUUAGACCCCCGACAGCAGCCUAUUAAACUACAGCCAUACAGACUCAAUGCCCCUAAACUAGCCUUCUUGAAAGACACAAUUCAGGAAUGGAUACGAGAUGGAAUCAUCAGACC